UGCAAAUGCGCAAAAACGCAUAAUAGCAAAACUGGAGAAACUGUUAUUCAGUGAGGUCUGAUCGCAUUUGGCGAACAGAGAGUAAAGAGAGACAAGAACCGUCAGGUACUUUUAGACUCUAAAAUUUAGAGUAAUGAAGAAGUGCGCAAUAAUAAGACGCUGUGUCCUCGCAGAAUUAGUUCGAAAAGUGACAUCGAUAGAAGCAGGAUUUAAUGUGCUAUAUUAACAAAAAGUAUAAAGUGAAGUUAUUGUGCUAUACUAAAAUAAAGGUGUGAAGUGAUAAAUAGUGGAAUCAUCUACGAACAAAAUCAGCGACAUAUGUAUACUUAUUUAUAUUUUCCAUAUUGUGGCCAGAGUGGAAUUCAAAUAUUGAACUAUAUUUGUAUGGCCAUAGUUCUCAUCAAUGUUGGCGGAUAUAUUAGCCUGACUUUGGGUACAGUCCAGAGUCGUCACGAUUUGAUUCUUUUUUGGUUGAUCUCCAGUCCUUUGGGAAUGCUGGUUUGGACUAUUUUCUUGCUCUCCACUAGAUAUCCGCGCGGUUUCUUAAUCAUCCCAACGUUCUAUAUAUAUAUCUGGUUUGAGAUGUACUCGCUUUAUAAGAGAAUCAAAUCGGAAAGACAAACGGGCUUUUCACAUCUAGCGGUGUAGGUGCUUAAACAAAUGGCCUAACUGAAAAAGAAAUGAUGGUAUUUUUUUAACAAAUAAAAAUUUUAUUUUGAUGUUCAUAUGUAUAUUAUAUGCUUACAUACAUAC